UUAUGAUUUCAUUUACUGCCUCAAACACCGGAAAGGAAACUUUGAACUCUUGAGUUUAGACCAAUAGAAAUGACGCAUGCUACCGGUGGUCGGAACAGCUGUAUCAGAUUGUUUGCUGCUAUGAACGGACGCUGAUUGAAGAGACAUGAAUGCAAGGAGAAGAGGUGGGAAGCCAAACAGAGGAGGGGGCAGAUUUAAUAAGCCAAGAGGAGGAGGAGGAGGAGGAGGAGGAGGCCGUGGUGGUGGUGGUGGAGGUGGUGGUGGUGGAGGUAGGAAAGGAGGAGCUGGUCUGGUCUGGGAUGACGACGAUGAUUUCAGCCUUGAUUUUGGACCGUCUCGUUCCAGCAGACCUGGCAAAGCACGAGGCAGUGGUGGUGGUAGUGGCCGUGGCCGUGCAGGUGGCAGGGAUGGAGGUCGAGGAAGGGGAGGAGGUCGAGAUCGAGACAGGGACAGCAGAGGCCAAGGGAAAAGCGGGGGCAAGGCUCUCCCGAGGUCGCUUGCGAGGCCCAGAACGUCCCCAAAGCCAGGUGACUGCAUCAGGCCGGAGGUGAGCACCAUGCCCUUGCAGAGGAUAUUCAUGACUAAUGAGAAUCAAGAACAACUCAAGGAGCUGCUGCGGGAUCUGCAGGCCCAGGACUUUGAUGCGGCGUAUGAUGAAUCUGGUUCAGAUUAUUCGGGGGGAGAAGACAAUGAGGAGGAAUUUGAUGAGCUGGACCACCGGGAGGAUGGCCAGUUUUGGGCCACUAAUGAUGAUCCUGUGGAGAGAGCAGAGAGCCCAGGAUAUGAGCCAUAUGAGUCUGGUGAUGAACAGUCCACCCCUGAACCUGUCAUCUCCUUAUUCGCUAUUGGAAAACUCUCCAGGUACGGGUUUGACAAGGAGCGCAGCAAGCAGGCGCUAGAGUCUGGUGGAGGAGAAUUCGGAGCCACUUUGGAGCAGCUCCUCCAUCAGGUUUUCAGCGAGCGAUACGGCCAGAAAGCAGUGUCCCCUGAUGGGCUCGAAGGGGUUCCUAUGGAUGAGUGUUUGAGCCAGAGGCAGGAAGAAGCUCUGGCUCUAACUGCCAUUUAUGGAGAACGUUUCAGUGAGCGCAUUUCCAAUGCAGUCUGGACAAUAACCCUGGACCUCGCAUUCAUCGCACACAAUGCUGCCAGGAAUGACAGGCAAGGCGGGAGUCGAGGCGGUGGUGGAGGAGUUGUUAACAUCCGUGACGUCUGCCGAUUCUACAUGAAAGGGCAAGGCUGCCGGUUCGGGGACAAAUGCAAGUUUAAGCACCAACUCCCCACUAAAGGGAGAUCUGGGGCUGGUUCCCCAGACCUGACAGGCCCGAGCCAGCCUGGCUUCAGCAGCUAUUCUCCUCCCGAGUAUGAACUAGAGAUCCGUUUCCCCAAAGGAAACCGGUACCCGUUUCAGGCACCGAUAGUUGCCUUCAGCACCACCGACGAGUCUGUCGGGGCUGCAGGGAGGCUCAGCGUGACUGAAAGGUUGUUUGGAGAAGCGUUGGCCGCAGCAAAGAGCAGCGAGCCUGUUGUUUACACUCUGAUCACCGUAUGCGAGGAUGAAACUACCAUGAAUGAACUGCUGGCUGUCGGUCAUCACAAAUACAGCACGCCGCCGCCGGUUGUGGUCAUUCCUUCCCCUUCUCUUGCCAUAGCUAAGAGUAAGAGUGUGAGGAGCAAUGCUUCUGAGGAAAGCAGGAGUAGUAGCACCAGCAGCAGAAGGACAGCUCCACCUAACAACCAGAGACCCACAGAUUUAAAAGAGACAGCGGAGGCGGAGGAGCUGGAUGAGCGUGACGAGGAAGACGAGGACGAGGUCGUUCCAGUCGAGAGCGAGAGUUACGUCAACCUGAGGAAGAAGAUGGUGAAUAAGCACAACCUGAAGAUAGACAACCUACUGCAAGAAAACAACAAGCUGUGCCGGGAGUUUCAGAGGAAGCAGUCAUCCAGGCGCUUUGAGUCCAUGUUGGAGCAGAGGAGGAGACUACCGGCUUGGCAAGAAAAAGAAAAAAUCCUCGACCUGUUAGAUCAGUGCCAGGUGCUGGUGGUCAGCGGGAUGACUGGGUGCGGUAAGACCACUCAGAUCCCUCAGUUCAUUCUGGACGCCUCAUUAGGUGGGCGAGCGAAGCAGGUGGCCAACAUCAUCUGUACUCAACCACGCCGCAUCUCUGCCAUCUCCGUGGCCCAGAGAGUGGCACAGGAGCGCGCAGAGCGUCUGGGCAACUCAGUGGGCUACCAGAUCCGCCUGGAGAGUGUCAGGUCGUCUGCCACCAGACUGCUGUACUGCACCACAGGCGUGUUACUGAGGAGACUGGAGGGCGAGGCGGACCUCAAAGGCGUCACACACGUCAUUGUGGAUGAGGUGCACGAGCGAACAGAGGAGAGUGACUUCCUGCUGUUGGUAUUAAAAGACCUGCUCGUACAGAGGCCAGACCUGAAGAUCAUCCUAAUGAGUGCCACACUGAACGCCAACCUCUUCUCUGAGUAUUUUUACAACUGUCCCACUGUCCACAUACCAGGACGUACUUUUCCUGUUGACCAGUUCUUUCUUGAAGAUGCCAUCGCUAAAUCCCGCUACGUCAUCGAGGAUGGCAGCCCUUACAUGCGCUCAGGGAAACAGAACUCGUCUUUCACAAGCGGACAAGGAAGCAGAGGAGGGCCGAGGGACGUGGUGGACGACUUGGGGGAUGACAUGUGGAACUUCAUGUCUUUCUGCAAGAAGGACUUUGUCAAAGACUCCAUUCCAGACCAACAGCUCAGCCUGCAGGAGCUCACGGUCAGAUACAAAGAUACUAAGAAGUCUGUGCUGAAGACUAUUUCUGCAAUGGACCUGGACAAGAUCAACAUGGACCUGGUGGAGAGCUUGCUGGAGUGGAUUGUGGAUGGAAAACAUGACUACCCUCCAGGCGCAGUGCUCGUGUUUCUGCCCGGCCUGGCUGAGAUCAAGAUGCUCUACGAGCAGCUCAAGUCCAACAGAAUGUUCAACAACAGGGGCGCGACCAGGUGUGAGGUGUACCCUCUCCACUCAACCCUGACCAACGAUGAGCAGCAGGCAGUUUUCAGCCGACCACCAGAGGGUGUCACGAAGAUUAUCAUCUCCACAAACAUUGCAGAGACCUCAGUAACCAUUGACGACGUGGUGUACGUCAUCGACUCCGGCAAGAUGAAGGAGAAAAGGUAUGAUGCAUCUAAAAGCAUGGAGAGCCUGGAGGACUCGUGGGUUUCUCGGGCCAACGCGCUGCAGAGGAGAGGUCGAGCGGGUCGUGUGGCUUCAGGCGUCUGCUUCCACCUCUUCACCAGCCACUGCUUCCAACACCAGCUGGCUGAGCAACAGCUGCCUGAGAUCCAGCGAGUGCCUCUAGAGCAGCUCUGCCUCCGAAUAAAAAUCCUGGACGUGUUUGCCGAGCGGGCGCUCGAGUCCGUCUUCUCUCGGCUCAUCGAGCCUCCGGCUAUGGGAAGCUUGGACGCGGCCAAGCAGCGCCUGCGGGACCUUGGAGCUCUGACUGCAGAUGAGAAGCUGACCCCGCUGGGCUACCACCUGGCCUGCCUGCCCGUCGACGUGCGCAUUGGGAAGCUCAUGCUGUUCGGUGCCAUCUUUCGCUGCCUCGACCCAGCACUCACCAUCGCUGCCAGUCUGGCCUUCAAAUCACCAUUUGUGUCUCCGUGGGAUAAAAGGGAAGAAGCUAAUGAGAAGAAACUGGCCUUUGCUGUUGCAAACAGUGACCAUCUAGCUUUGUUACAGGCGUACAAGGGAUGGUGCUGCGCUGCAAAGAACGGCAACCAGGCCGGUUUCCUUUACUGCAGGGAGAACUUUCUGUCUUGGCGAGGAUUACAGGAGAUCGCCAGUCUAAAGAGGCAGUUUGCCGAGCUGCUGUCUGACAUUGGCUUUAUCAAAGAAGGACUGAGGGCCAGGACUAUAGAGCGCAUGUGCUCUAAAGGCACUGAUGGUAUUCUGGAGGCUACUGGCCACGAGGCUAACCUGAACGCUGACAACAUCCGGCUGAUGUCCGCCAUGCUUUGCGCUGCCCUCUAUCCCAAUGUGGUCCAGGUACGAGCCCCUCAGGGGAAUUACAAGAUGACCAGCAAAGGAGCGAUGAAGAUGCAGCCCAAAGCCAACGAGCUUCGCUUCAUGACCAAGAACGACGGCUGCGUCCACGUGCACCCCUCGUCUGUCAACUACACAGUUCGCCACUACAACAGUCCCUACCUGGUUUACCACGAGAAGGUGAAAACGAGCCGUGUCUUCAUCAGGGACUGCAGCAUGGUGUCCGUCUACCCGCUGGUGUUGUUCGGAGGCGGGCAGGUCAACAUGGAGCUGCACAAGGGAGAGUUUGUCAUCUCCCUCGACGACGGAUGGAUCCGGUUCGCUGCCUCUUCUCAUCAGGUGGCUGAGCUGGUGAAAGAGCUGCGCUGGGAGUUGGAUCAGCUGCUGGAGGACAAAAUCAGGAACCCGAGCAUGGACCUGUGCAGCUGCCCCCGCGGCUCCCGCAUCAUCCACAUGAUAGUCCACCUCAUUACCACACAGUAGCUCUGCUACUUAACGCCCCCCUUCUUGUUCACCUCAAGGGCUUAAUGGAUGGAGCUCUGUGGCAAAAAUAUCUCUCUGCUCCUGCAUCACUGCCACAAAUUGAUUUUAAUAACACGUUAAUCGGUGAAAUCCAGGUCAAGAGUCCUGAACCUGGUUUGAAUUUGUGUUGUAUGUAUCGCAGACAGAUCGGCAGGGCGGGUACUGUACGUGAACCGCACCAUCCUGCUGCCACCUGACGCAUCGGUAUCAGUUUACAGAACAAACUGCUGUUAUUGUUGCUGCACUAAAGACAAAAUUUUGCCUUUUUAAAGAAAAAAAAAAGGCUCUAUGCAGGUGAUCUACAAACCUCCAUCAAUGUUUCUGCUGGAAUAAAGUCUAACUUUGACAAUUUUGAAAUGCAACAAUAGAUUUUUUGGAUGCCAUACGAAUACUGUAGAGGCAUAGGACGCACAGUUGAUUGUUGAAAUUUGAUGUCAGAUAUGAUUUGUACAUUUUAUUUUAGGUUGUGCGUGUCUCACUCACAACUGAGAAGUUUCUUGGGUCCAUAUUGGAUUUCUAAUAUGCUCACAGUGGCUGCAUACUUUGUUAUGAAUAUUUAUUUGUGUUGCAUGAUUGACGAGCGAUCCAAGAGCUUCUGCAUGAUAUUUGGGUUGUUUUACAUUUACUGAAUGUAUUUAACUAUUACAGUGAUGUCACAACUACAUUUUCACAAUGUCAAUGCAAGGGCUUUUUAAAUCAGGAGAAUUUGGUGAGGAUUGCCAAAGAGUGAUGAACUACACUGCACUAAAAUAAAAAAAGAAGCAAACA